CUUUCCAACGGAUAAAAGGAUCAAACCCGUCCGCUGCUUCAGAGGGACUGUCUCUCUUUAACUCCACUGAGCCUCCCUUGCUGUUGGUCUCCCCCACCACCCAGACUUUCCAAACACAAAGCCCUGCCUGAACAACCAUGUCACAACUGAAUUACAGCUCCCGUUCAGCGGCCGGCUCUGGUGGCUAUACCCGGGUCCAGGUCCACAAAGUUUCCAGCAGUUUAAAGAAGCCUGGUACCUUUGGCAGCUCCAGCCUCUAUAACUUGGGCUCCGGCAGGAAGAUUUCCAUGGGUGGCUUCUCUGCCCAGUCCGCAUAUAGAUAUGGUGGCGGCCAUGGCGGCGGCCACGGUGGCCUGUACGGUGGCUUGUACGGUGGAGGAUACGGUGGUGGACUUCCAUCGCCGGGCAUUCAAGAGGUCGUCAUCAACCAAAACCUCUUGACCCCCCUGAACCUGGAAUUUGACUCUUCCUUCCAGAAGGUUCGCAAGGAGGAGAAGGAGCAAAUCAAGACCCUCAACAACAAAUUUGCAUCCUUCAUCGACAAGGUCCGAUUCCUUGAGCAGCAAAACAAGAUGCUUGAGACCAAAUGGAGCCUCCUACAGGAGCACAAGACCACCCGGAGCAACAUCGCACCCAUCUUCGAGAGCUACAUCAACAACCUGCGCAGGCAGCUCGACGGACUGAUGAACGACAAGGGACGCCUGGAGGGAGAACUGAAGAACAUGCAGGAUCUUGUUGAGGACUUCAAGAGCAAAUAUGAAGAUGAAAUCAAUAGACGCACAACAGCAGAGAAUGACUUUGUGGUGCUCAAGAAGGAUGUUGAUGCUUCCUACAUGAAUAAGGUGGAGCUGGAGGCCAAGGUGGAUGGAUUGACUGAAGAGAUCAACUUCCUUAGAAUGCUUUAUGAAGCGGAACUACGUGAGCUGCAGACACAGAUCUCUGAUACUUCUGUUGUCCUUCAAAUGGACAAUAACCGAAACCUGGACUUGGACAGCAUCAUCGCUGAGGUCAAAGCUCAAUAUGAGGAGAUCGCCAAUAAGAGCAGGCUCGAGGCAGAAAGUUGGUACCAAAGCAAGUAUGAAGCCCUCCAGUUUGAGGCUGGGAAGCACGGAGAUGACCUGCGCAGCACGAAGAGCGAGAUUUCGGAGAUUAACCGCACGAUCCAGAGGCUGCAGGCCGAGAUCGAUAAUGUGAAAAAUCAGCGGGCCAAGCUGGAUGCAGCCAUUGCUGAAGCAGAGGGACGUGGGGAGCUGGCUAUCAAAGACGCAAAGGCCAAGCAAAAGGAGUUGGAGGCUGCCCUCAACAAAGCCAAGCAAGAGAUGGCCCGCCAGCUGCGAGAGUACCAGGAGCUCAUGAACGUCAAGCUGGCCCUAGAUAUCGAGAUCGCCACCUACAGGAAGCUGCUGGAAGGAGAGGAGAGCCGGUUGGCUGGUGAAGGAGUUGGUACUGUGAACAUGACUGUGCUCAACACCUCUGGUGGCAGUGCUCAUGGCUACGGAGGAGCAUUCGGGCUGGGAGAAGGAAUGGGCAGCGGACUCCUCAACUUCGGUGCCGGUGGUGGUUCCGGCAGCAUAAAGUCGACAUACAGUGUGACAUCCAGUUCAAGCAGAAGAACCACCAAAUAAACAAAGCUCCGAAAAUCCAGGGUCAUCACUGCCUGAAUGAAAGAAAUCACAUCUCCCUUCCCUUCCCUCCCCCCGCUUUCCCCAUGACAGAGCAAGAAAGCAAAUAUGGCAGGGGGGAGUCAUUCUCUCCCAACAAUCAGACUGGCUGAACUAUUGAGCAGUGAUCAUUGAAAAGCUGAUAGCAUUUUCUGCAUGUUCAUGGCCCCUCCUCACAUUCCCAUAAACAUCCUCAAUUCUGGGUAUGGCUCUAUUGAGAUCAAGGACAUGUCUACGCAAGGGAUUAUCCCGGGGAUCCACAUGACGCACAGGGAUCCCGGGGGCAGGGACGGAUCAUCCCUCCCUUUCCCUGGGAUAGCCAGGAUGGCUUUAAUCCUGAUGUUUCCUGUUGGAUGUGGACAUCCCUGCAGGAUGUGUGGGCAGCCGUCCCGGUUUCUUCCUGGCUCUCACGAGUGAAUGCGAGGAGCUGGGAACCGGGCAUGGAGCGUGGAGCCGUGCCCAUUGACGGGGGGAG